GCUGGAGUCAGGAGAAUCCAUCCUAACCAUGAAGGACCUCAAAGGCAUUGAGAACCCAGCUUUCCUCAACUCCAGCCCUGACACUCCGCGCCGUUUCUCCGCAUCGCCGUCUCACGUAGAGAUCUCUUCCUUUUCUGCCGAUACCGAGAGAGAGGAUUCACAGACACACCCGCCUCCGGAGCCCCGGGAGUCACGGAAGCCACCUCUGCUUACCGCAACUCCCCCCGACUCCCGAGAGGGGACCGGGGCGGACUCCGCGUUUGAGGAGGGGCCCUGCGGAUGGGGGAACUUCCAACCCAAGUGUCUCCAGCUCUGCAACACACCCCAGGGGUUUCUGGUUCACUACUGCCUCUUGGCCCUCACGCAAGGUAUCGUAGUAAAUGGCUUAAUAAAUAUUAGCAUUUCCACUAUUGAGAAGCGCUAUGAAAUGAAGAGUUCCCUGACGGGCCUGAUAUCAUCAAGCUAUGAUAUAGCAUUCUGUUUGUUGUCUCUAUUUGUAUCAUAUAUUGGCGAAAGAGGACACAAACCAAGAUGGCUUGCAUUUGCAUCCUUUAUGAUAGGAUUGGGAGCACUCGUAUUUGCAUUGCCAAAAUUUUUUAGUGGAAAAUACCAACUGGGGUCCCCUUAUGAAGAUACUUGCUUAAUAGCAAGGAAUAGAACCAGGUGUACCUCUUCAAGUUCUUCACUUUCCAACUACCUGUAUGUCUUCAUCUUGGGACAACUAUUGCUGGGAACAGGAGGAACUCCUCUCUAUACCCUGGGAACAGCCUUUCUUGAUGAUUCUGUGCCCACACACCAGUCUUCUCUUUAUAUAGGAAUUGGCUAUUCUAUGUCAAUAUUAGGCCCUGCUAUUGGCUAUGUGUUGGGAGGACAGCUGUUAACCUUGUACAUUGAUGUUGGUUUGGGAAAAAGCACUGAUAUCACUGAGGACGAUCCACGAUGGCUGGGGGCGUGGUGGAUUGGUUUUCUUAUGGCUUGGUUCUUUGCUUGGUCUUUGAUAGUGCCUUUUUCUUGCUUUCCAAAACAUUUACCAGGUACAGCAAAAAUUCAAGAUGGAAAAGCUUCCCAGACUCAUCAGAAUAAUAGUUCCUUAGAAUAUACAGAUGAAAAUUUUGGAAAAAAAUUUAAAGAUUUUCCAGCUGCUCUAAAGAAUUUGAUGAGGAACACUGUCUUUAUGUGUUUAGUCAUAUCAACUUCUUCAGAAGCCCUAGUUAGUACUGGAUUUGCUACAUUUUUACCUAAAUUUAUAGAAAAUCAAUUUGGAUUGUCGUCCAGCUUUGCAGCUACACUUGGAGGCGCUGUUUUAAUUCCUGGAGCCGCUCUUGGUCAGAUUUUAGGUGGUGUUCUUGUUUCGAAAUUCAAAAUGAUGUGUAAAAACACAAUGAAGUUUGCUUUGCUCACAUCUUUAAUCGCACUCAUGCUGAGUUUUGUAUUUGUUUAUGCCAGCUGUGAAAAUGAGCCAUUUGCUGGUGUGUCUGAAUCAUAUAAUGGGACAGGAGACCUGGGAAACUUGACCACCCUUUGUAAUGCCAAUUGUAACUGCAUGCGAUCACAUUAUUAUCCUGUUUGUGGCAGAGAUGGAAUCCAAUACUUUUCUCCCUGCUUUGCAGGUUGUAAAAAUUCUGUUUCAAAAAGACGGCCAGAGGUAUAUUACAACUGCUCCUGUAUUGAAAUGAAAACAGAAAUAACACCUUCUGCAGCAAAUUUUGGUUUUGAAGCUAAAGCUGGAAAAUGUGAAACUCGAUGUACAAAUUUGCCCAUAUUCCUUGGCAUUUUCUUUGCUGCAAUUGUUUUUACCUUUAUGGCUGGUACUCCUAUAACUGUGUCCAUCCUAAGGUGUGUUAAUCAAAAGCAGCGGUCUCUGGCAUUGGGAGUACAGUUUACGGUGCUUCGGUUAUUAGGCUCAAUACCUGGACCAAUUAUUUUUGGUGUUGCAAUAGACAGCACAUGUGUGCUCUGGGAUAUUAAAGAAUGUGGAAUUAAAGGAGCUUGCUGGAUUUAUGAUAACAUCAAGAUGGCCCAUAUGCUAGUGGCCAUAUGUGUUACUUGUAAAAUCAUCACCAUUUUCUUCAAUGGACUUGCAAUCUUUCUGUAUAAACCACCGCCAUUAGACAGAGAUGUAUCAUUUCAAAAUUUGAACACAGCUAUAUCUGCUGUUUCAAUGGAAUGUGACUUCAGCAAAGCAAAGAAUGAAGGAUGAAAUAGAAAAUGAGGAGACUGUUCUACAGAUGGAAAACUGGCCUUUACUUAUAAGAAUGUACACUGCCAUCCCAGCAUUAUCUCCUUAAUAUGGACAAUCAUUUUAAAAAGGAAUGUUUUAUAACUCAACUUGUUUUCUGUAUAUGUAUGGUAUAUGUAUGGACUUUUACUUGUUUUGUUUUAAUGUAAGAAACAGACAUAUGCCUUCAAAAGCCACCAAAAGCCUCCAUACACACACACACACACACACACACACACACACACACACACACACACACUUCCCAUUGUCUAGGUAUGAAAUUCCCAACUAAUAAAACUAAACCAGCAAAAAAAGCUAGUGAUUAGUUACAACUUUUGGUGUAAAAAUUUAAUUAAAUUUAUGUGUGAUGAUUUUCAAAAACUAUUAAUGAAAGCCUAUGAAUUUAAAACCAGCUAAAUAAUAUUUUUUAAAUUUACACAUACUAAUAUGUCUUUUAUCACAGAAAUUUAUAGAACUAUUAGAAUAUAGGUUAAUUAUCUUCUCUGUGACCCAGUAUAUAGUAAAUUUAGAAAUAUCAGUAUUAUAUAUACAUAUUUUCACUUUAACUCAAAAAAUCCAGGGGUAAUUUGUUGAUGUUGCUCAUUUGUAACACUGAACCUCUUAAUAUGAAUCUGUGAUAAUGUUGUUCAGUUACAUAUAUUCUGGAGGAAAGUACCAGC